AUGGAAUCUCCAAGGGCUCACAGAGAGGAUCCUGAUUCGUGGUAUGGCGUCGUCGACCCCCGGAAAAGGAAGCAGAUACAGAACCGCCUAGCCCAAAGAGCGCGACGAAAACGCCUGUCAGAGGCUAGCAACAGUCCAGAGCGAGCAUUGGUCGUCCGGCGCAAAUCACGCGAAAAUAGUAGCAAUAAAGCUUGUACCGCCUCGUUGGACUGUGCUGCACUUGAAAGCCUCCUUACAGGUGAUUUAUGUCAUAAAAUACCGUUAUGUGUCGAUUUUUCUCCCUGGACGAUACCGGGCAAGAUCCACUCAUACGAAUCCACAAUACCAUUGCCAGUUGAUCAGGUUCUGCUGCCAUGUGACCCAAAGACUGGUGCAAUAAUUGCAGUCACCGAGAAUGGCACUCUUCUCGGUCUCACCUGUAAUGGGUCAAAAUUCGACAGGUCGCCUCCUCAACCGCCCAGUGUUCCGGAGUCUCUUUAUCCUACACCGUUGCAAUUGUCGACGCCUCACCACGAUUGGAUUGAUCGAUUUCCAUUCCCAAGAAUGCGCGAUAACCUAAUCAUCCUCAAUGAUACAAUCGACGUCAAGGAGAUACUUUGUGAUUUCUUUUUGAUGCCCUCAUUCUCGGUGAGAUCAGGCGGAGCGUCUUGGGAUCCUGAUGCCUGGUUGAUCAGUCCUGGGUUCAACGAAAAGUGGGGUUAUUUGUUUUAUUGA